CAAUUUGAUAGCCAAACUUGGAAAAACAAGUUAGCAAAUCCCAAGUAGGAAUUCUAAAAUAUUUCGUUUUCCCUGCGUACUUUAGCAAACUCAUGAAGAAGAGGAAGAAGAGGAAGAAGAAGAAGAAGAAGAAGAAGAAGCUUCACAGUUACCAUUUUCAAAUAGAAGAACCAUGGCAGCAGUAAAAUCCCAUAUUCUCCAAAAGAGUGAAGUUGAAGUUGAAGUUGAAGGGAUAGAAGAGUCAAAACAGACCAUUGAUGUAAGGGCUUUUAAUUUGCCCCCAUUUCUCAGUCGGGUUUGUUCUAGAUCGCUUUCAGUCACAAAACCGGAUUCAGCUUUCAACUUUGUUCUUUUCUUCAACCACACAUAAAUUUUUUGACGGCUACCCUUACCUGCAAUUUAUCCCUUAGCAUUAAAGAAUGCGAAAUUCCAUAUGGGUUUUCUUCAUAACCUCGUUUCCCCUGCUCCACUGCUGCAAAUUUCGUAAUUCUUGCAGUUUUCCGGUGAAGUAGGCCGACUGUAUGCUGAGUUUUACUGGGAAGCCGCAAGUUUAUUUGUAUUCAUUUCAAAUGAGUUUGUUCUAGAUCGCUUACAGUUGCAAACCAGAUUCAAGCUCUGUUUUUUCAAAAUCCCAUCUGGGUUUUCUUUAGAACUUCGUCUCCUACUGCUAUCCUGUUGUAAUUUUUCUUAAUUCCGGUGAUUUAUCUGGCGAAGUAAGCCGAAUAGUUCGUGGGUUUGUUGGGCUUCAACUGUAAAAAUGGGUAACAAUUUUAUUUGCAUGAAGAAGAAGGAUUGGGAAGUUGUAGGUUCAAAGAGCAAGAGGCAUGGGCGAUCGCAGAGGAAAAUGCCGGCAGAAGAGGAGCUCUUGCACAGACAAGCCUUGUCGAUUGCACUUCAUCAGCACCAGAUGUCGCAGAGAUUCGAUGGGUCGAUGUCGAGGAGAAUUGGAUCUACUAGCGCCCGAUUUGGGUCCACAAGCUCGCGGAGGAGGACGCUUUCUGAUCCCUUCUCCAAUGGAAAACAGGUCCCAGAAUUUCUGGAGAAUCUCAAAACAAAGAAAGUUGUUCUAGUUCAUGGAGCAGGAUUUGGAGCAUGGUGUUGGUACAAGACUAUUGCUUUGUUGGAAGAAGUAGGAUUGCUUCCCGUUGCCUUAGAUCUAAUGGGAUCAGGAAUUGAUCAGUCGGAUCCAAACAGUAUAACAACUCUGGCCGACUAUGUGAAGCCUUUGGUUGAGUAUCUACAUAACCUUCCUGAGGAUGAACAGGUACUUUUGGUGGGUCACAGUUGUGGGGGUGCAAGCAUCUCUUACGUUUUGGAGUAUUACCCAAAGAAGAUUUCAAAAGCCAUUUUUCUAUGCGGUACAAUGGUGGCAGAUGGCCAGAAGCCUUUUGAUGUUUUUGCUGAAGAGUUAGGGUCUAUUGAGAGUUUUAUGCAAGAAUCUCAACUUUUGAUGUAUGGUAAUGGGAAAGAUAAACCCCCUACCAGUCUCAUGCUUGAGAAGCAGCAAAUGAAGGGAUUGUACUUCAACCAGUGUUCUGAUAAGGAUAUUGCAUUGGCUACAGUUUCAAUGAGACCCAUCCCUCUAGGACCGAUCAUGGAGAAGGUCUCAAUGUCACCCGAGAAUUAUGUCUCCUCAAGGCGGUUUUACAUACAAACACUCGAGGAUCAUGCACUGUCACCGGACGUGCAGGAAAAGCUUGUUAGGGAAAACCCACCUGAAGGAGUCUUCAAGAUCAAAGGCAGUGAUCACUGCCCAUUCUUCUCAAAGCCACAGUCACUGCACAAAAUCUUGCUUGAAAUUGCACAAAUUCCAUAGCUAAAUCACUGAAUGCCACAGGGAUUCUCCUUUGACAGAUGUCUAGGUGGUGUUUGCCUCCACCAGAAGAGCAAGGCUGCUGCUGUUUAAUUGAAGAUGCAUAGUCAUCUGUGAUCUAUUCAUUCAGGUCGGAUAUAAGGAGGGGGUGUUUAACAUAUGUGGUUGACGAAAAGGUUUUGGAGGGUUAAUGUCGUGGUUUUCAUGUUGAGGGUAUAAUGGUAAUUUAGUAUGUGGAUAGAACGAGGGUCAUGGGCAUUAUAUAAAUAGUCUGGGAGAGGCUGCCCUGAAAGGCAGUGUGACAUCUUCACCAGCACGGUGGCCAAUGGAGGUGCACGCGAAAGAAUCAAUAGGGGUGGGAUUUCCAUCUUUCAUGAGGGGCAAGGCAAUCAAUUCGUCCAUCUGUGUUUGGAUGUAGGGGUCACGUUGCCUUUUAAGCUUCUUUUUUCCAAAUAGUCUACAGGCUCUCUUUGGUAUGAUUUAUAUUUAUUUUAUAUUGUAUUUGUGAAAAAUCAUUUACAUUAAUAACUUGUGGAUCGUAAAUAAGUCAUUUAGUACGAAUAGUUAGAAUGAUUUGUAUGAUGAAAAA